AUGAUUUUUUAAACAUUUUCGUGUUAAAUGAAUGCUUUAAAAAUAUGUGUCAUAUGGAUAAAUAGUUUUAAAUAAUUAAACUGACAAUAAAGAAACUUCGAUCCAGUGUUUCAACGAUGACUGACCCAGUGACAUUAAAACGACCAAAACCCAAAGAAGAUGAAAACGAAAUUCUCCGCCUGCAGGAAGAAUUUAUCCAAUCAAAGGAAAAACCUUCUGUGCAUAUUGCAAAAAACGACCAAGAUAAAAUCCGAAAAACCCGUACUUUCACGUCACAAUUUUCCGCAAAUAAAAAGCUCAAAUGCACCAGACAAACUCACACAAAUCCUCAAGUUUCCAAUAAAACCGAAUCAUUCCCAAUUUGCCCCGAGAACCUUUUUCCCUUAACCGAAAAUCAAAAUCCGCCGAAAACUUCCUCCAUAAUCCUCGGAAACAUUAUCGAAAGAAAACUUCCAGAUCGAUUCGAUCUUCAUUUCUCACAAGACCAGGACUUUUCAAGAUCAGGAUUUCCUUCCGUCUUCACCUCCAAAGACUCAAACACAAAAAAUGAAAGUCUUUUCUGGCAAACUCUUUCAAAAACCGAACCCAGUAAAUCUGAAGAAAACCAAGAACCAGUUCGUUUCGAAGAUUAUGGUUUGAAAACGGAGGAAGAUAUUCUUCGAGAAAAAAGUAAAUUAGAAUCGAUGCUUGAUCCGAGUUUGCUGGAGUUCGUAAAACAAAGAAAACGGAAAAAAGACCGCUCAAAAUCGAAAGAGACGGAAGUCUCGAACACAAAAAAUGAAGCAUCAACUUCAACUGCCAACUUUCAAGAAGAGCUGCCAGAAAUGGUGAAAGAAAUGAUCAGCGAAGCGAAAGAAAAGCACUGGAUCCACAUGGACGUCGUAGAGUCAGAAAAAGCCAAAUGGAUGGAAGACAUUCCAUCAAAGGAUGAAAAAUCCAACUUGGACGAACCGUACAAUGCCCGUUUCGAUUUCGACGGUGUCUUGCUGCCCUUCAAGGACGAGAAACUAACGAUCGACAAAGGCCUCCAUCAUCACGGCCAGGAACCCGAACGUCCUGGAUAUUCUCUCCAGGAACUUCUCCAACUAAGUCGCUCCUCAUCAGCUCAACAGCGAUCAAUCGCUCUUCAAACUCUCGCGAAAAUAAUCGAGAAAAGUCGUCGCGGUUGGUACGAUUCCGUUCUCGAUCCGGCUCCACUUUCAGCUUUGAAUGAAAAAAAUGUUUUCCUACUUCUGCGAUUUUCCAUCGACGAUUCCUCCGUUUCGAUCGUCACUUCAGCCUUACAGGCCAUGAGAGCUUUUCUCUACAACGAAGAGGAUGAAGUUUGCUUGGACCGAUUGUUUGGAUUGGACGAUUUUUCUGAACCGAUUUUGAAGCCCGAUUUGAAGGACGUGAAGGACACUAGUAAUCUGAAGGACCACGAACUCGCUCAACUCGACACGGUAGCGACUGCUUUAAGAUCAGACAUUGUCCCGCGAAUCAGGUACAUCCUGAACGAAAUGCAACCGCCGCCAGAUGGAGUGUCUUCUGCUCUCGAAAUUCUGAUCAGAUUGGCGAGACAUUCGCAUGAAAGUGCGCUGAACAUUCUCUGGGCGCCGCAUUUGCUGGAGAUUAUUCUGAAACAUUUUAUUCCAUUGACAACUGACAAACUGGUGAAUCAGGAGAAGAUCAAUAACGCUUAUGGGGUUCCUGUGGUGAGCGCUCUUCGAUUUUGUCGAGUUUUGAUCACUUACGCCGGAAAAGCGGCGGCUGAUAAACUCUCUAGAUGUCAAAUUGUUCAGUCGAUAGUUUCCUAUGUCAGUAGCGAGGCUGGAACUCAUGGAACUUUUCUCCAUAUCGAAUCUUUGCGACUCUGGAAACUGAUAUUGUUGCAUGGAUUCGCUGCUGAUAGUGUUUCCGGUUCUCACUUGAUUCUGCGAUCGCAGCUGAGGAUUUUCUUCGAUAAUUUGAACCUUGGACAAGCUUCGGAUCUGCUCUGUGAACACGCGUCUGCUUUGAUACUAGUCGCUAGUCAUGAGGACUCGCUGAGAGUUGAUAUUCUUCAGUUGUUGAGAAAGUGGAGCACUCAGCUCGUGAGUAUCUCUUCUCCAACUUGGGGAAGGACGAAACUGGUUCUUCAGGCUUUGAUUGCCGUGGAGGAGUACUCCGAGGGCUACUUCCAGACUAACUGGAUUUCCAAUUCGAAACUUUUUGUCAAUUUGAAGUCAUGCUCGAACUUGUUGAGUGGAUUCCAAUCCGCGAAGGAGAGAAGUCCUUCCUCUUUGCCGAGUCUCGGAGCGCUCACGGAAAAUGGACAACUGCAGCCGGUUCUGUCGCACAAUUCUUGUCUGCCUUUUCUCGCCGAAGUUUUAAAAGUUUUCGCGAUCUUCUCCCAGAAGAAGGACAUCCAGAGGGUCUAUGAUCAGCCUGAGUUUGUCAAGUACAUUUCCGAGCUCUCGAAGUCUGACUGGACUCUGGAGAAUUCCUGGUACACCAGAGUCGAAUUGCAUUUGUUGGCGAGAGUUGUAACAACCGGAAGAUUGAUUGAAGAAACUCUUUCGCUGAAAAUGAAGAACACUUUGUGGAUUCUCGCUGUAAAAUUGAUAUCAGCUUUGCCCGCGGAUUUUCCGAAUCUCGUGAAAGAAAUGUUGCGCUCUGUUCUGGAUCCUAAGAAAAUGAGCAUGGACGAACUUUUGAAGAAUCUUCAGGACCUGAAGCUAAUCGAGGAUGAGAGACAAACGUGUUUGAAGUUGUCGAAAGUGUUGAUCACAAUUUAUGAGAGUUAUGUGGCUCUAAAAGGAAACUGGGAUCAAGCAGCGAUGCCGAAGGACUGGAUUUUUCUGCCUUUGAUAGACACUUAUUCGAUUUCGAAAAAAUACCACAAGUUGGAUCAAAACGACACUGAGAAGAUCAUCAUUGUUUUGAACUUGUACUUGGGACUUCCGGAAUUGGUGGAGAAUUUGACGCCCAAUUUGAGAUUUAGUAGACUGAUUCUCGUCUUUUUGUGCGACACGGUUUUCCAUGAUGAAACGGUUUCUCAUCUGGUGGAAAAAGUGGUUGCGGCUUUUUUGAAAAGGCACAACAAGGAGCUGGAUUUCUCGGUUGAUGUUCCGGGUUUGAGUUCUUUCACGGACAUGUUCACUGCCUUGUGUGAGAAUUUCUUCUCGAAUUCUUACGGCAACGACAGUUUUGCGAUUAUCUUGCUGAGUUUUACUUCGCAGAGACACAAUGUUCAUUUCAGAAGAAUGUUGUGGUCGGAGCAUGCGGGAACUCUGCGCUAUAUUAAAGUGCCGCUGGAGAAAUUGAUUUUGGCUCUUGAUGAGUUUUUGUAUCCGCUCGAAACGGAUGUUUCCGUGAUUGAAUGUUACAUUACUUCUCUGGUGAGGGGAAAUAUUAAAAAAGAAUGGUGUCCGGUGCCGUACAUUGUGGCUUUGCAUCACAGUGCAAUGUUUGUUAAACAAAGCAAUAAACUCGCUAUUCGAAUGAGAGCUGGAUUAGAGAAAUUGAAAGAUUCUAGAGCCGCGGAUGAACUUUUAAAUUAUGAUCCUUCGAUGUUAGGAAAUUUCGUAUGAGAAAAUAGUUUAAGAUAUUUUGUACAAAAAUGAUCC